AAAGAAAGCUAAAAGACAAUUAGCCAAAGGACGACAAACUGUGAGACUUGUACCUGUCUACAAAACAGUACCUUGCUUUACACCCCCUCACAAUCUUUUUUCCCUCGUACAGCUUUUUUUUAACACAAAAAUCAAGUAAAUGAACUCUCAAAAUAACAUCUAAAUUGUAACAUUAUUACCAAACCCCAUUUCCUUCAUAUCAACUCUCCAGAACAUAAUGUUUAAGCUUUGGUGUUUUUCCCAUCUUUUCUUUCUUUAUUUUGCUUUAAAUGCUGCAGUUGGUCAUGAAUCAGUAAAGCUCUCAAGUCUUGUGCCACUACAAAGUUUUCCAAGAACUGACAUUGCUACUAUAGCAGUUUCUUUGCCUAUUGAACACCUUGAUGGAGUGUCCACUAGUGUUCUUGAAGCUGAAAAUUGGCUAAGAACCAAUGUUUUAGCUCACUAUCCAGCCACCAACAUCACUACUAUUCUUGCUGGUCACACACUUUUGUGCCAAAAAGAUCAAGAAAAUAGAAUGAGCUUAAUCUUGCCAUCAGUCAAGAACAUUUACUACUCUCUUACAAGGUGGGGUUUGCAUACUGAAAUCAAAGUGUCCACUUCUUUUUCUUCCUACUGCUUGGACCAAAAUAUGGCUGAACAAUAUGUUAAACCUCUACUUGAGUUCUUUCAACAUGUCAAUGCACCCUAUGUAGUGAGCACAGCAAGAGAUUUGGAUGAAAAAAUUGAAACUUUGAUGAAUAGCCAUUUAGGAUCUAUGAAGAAGUUAGGAAAUUUCAGCCUAAGCAAGAUUUUCUUGAUUAGUGAGAACCCAAAACUGAUGAGACCCUUAAGCAGAAAGCUCUCAACUUUUGACUCAAAAUACACUAUUCCUACCAGGCCAACCCCAUUGGCUCCAAAUCCAAAUCAGCUUUCUCCAGCAUUUGCUGCUAACAGUCCACUUCCUCCAUUAAUUGGAAACAUUUCACCUCCUUUUGCUCCUGAAAUGGCACCUCCAUUGUUCAACCCUAUUAGUCCUUAUGGACCCCAUUUGCCACCUUGUAUUCCAUCUCAUGGUGGUGUUGGGGGUCCAGUAGGUGCACCAGCAAUAGGAGGUGGAGGACUGCAUGGUAGUAAUGGGCUAUGGUGUGUAGCUAAGCCUAGUGUACCACCAGAGACAUUGCAAGAGGCAUUAGAUUAUGCAUGUGGUGAGGGAGGUGCUGAUUGUGAAGCUAUUAGUCCAACUGGAAGCUGUUAUUACCCUGACACUGUUGUGGCUCAUGCUUCUUAUGCUUUCAAUAGUUACUGGCAGAAAACUAAAAGUACUGGUGGAACUUGUGGAUUUGGAGGCACAGCUAUGCUCAUCAACUCUGAUCCAAGCUAUCUCCACUGUCGAUUCGAUCUAGCAUGAUACGUGUAGGAUGGAACUUUUGGAUGCAAAUUGCAAGGAGUGAAGCCACUGCCACGAAGUUAAUUGGGGGAUCAAAAGGACUUUUUUUUUGGUGUUACCUCUAGUAUAGAUUUGCAGGAAUAGGAGUUUGGUUUAAGAGUUUAGAUCAGCCAAUGGGCACUAGAAGAAACUCUUUGAUUAGUGACUUCCAUUUUUCAUAUUGCAUUGUCCUAAACCUAUUCUUUUGUAGCAGCUAAAUAUUAUGUGCUAAUACCUAACAAGUUAAAACAACUGAAAAAAUUGGUAUACCAGUGAAAAUAAUGACA